CUUGUUCUUCGUGGCUGUUUAGUGUAGUGCUCCUGUUUUGGGGCAUAAUCCUUGCUGGGAAUACAUUAUUGUGUGGUUGUUGAUCCCUCUUGAGUAGUUCUACUUCAGAGCAAUGGAGACAAGGCGACUGAGAAGAAACAUAAGUGCCCUUCUGGGUGAUUACAUUGGUCAGAAACUCAGAGAGAAUGGCUUUGACCCCCAAGGCAAAGGGUCCACUACCAUGCUGGAUGACCUGGCCCAUUAUGACUUGGCCAUAAGUGUGGCCCUUUGGUGGCUGGAGAAAGAGGAGGGUCAUAAUGUGAUGGACACAGAUAUUAUCGGAGACGGAAACCCAGGACGUAAGGCAGGCUAUCCCAACCACUUGGAGAGAGAAGCUAUGAUCCUGUCUUCCUUUGCGGGGAUGAUCCUUAAUAGCUUGCCUGUAGAAGACAUUCUAGCCCUCUACAGCACAAAACCAUCAGCCACACACACCCAGCAUUCUAAGUGUGCCAUCGUUCACCCAUUCAGCUUGUCCUACCACCCAUUUGCUAUGCUGAGCUCGUUCAAGGCUGUUGACCACUCCAGGAAGCAUUCCCAGAAGUUGAAGAGGUGGCUUUCUGUUCAGGCUAAAGCAAGGGCUGCCUCUGCUGGACGCAAAGCCUCUGUGCGGUCCUCCACAUCAUCGACGUCUAACUCGUUCCUCAGUGACAGCGGGGCGUCUUUGAAGGAGCAAACAGAGCAUGGUGAAGAAUCUAAAGAAUCUUUACAGGAUUAAAUAAUUGAAUGGGUGUUACAGGAGUAUUCCUUUGUUAUUCAUUCCUGUGUUGUUACAAUGUGAGUGAAAAUGGUGAUUAUUGUUAUAGGCCUGUUACUACUGGGCUUUAAGCUUCAAGCAGCCAAUGUCAAUAGUAAAAGUAUCAAACCUUUUAAACCAUAACAUUUGUGGUUUAAUCUGUGUUUGGUUGUAGCUGAGACAAUGGAAAACAAAUGUUUGGCAAAGUCAUUGACAACACUACACAGUUGACUGUACA